AUGAGCGCUACCGAAGACCUCUGGAUCAACAAUGGCGAUCUCUCGUGUACCGACGGCGAUACUUUGCCGGACUCCGACAAAGCAACAAUUGACAACAUGGAGAAGGCCGGUCAUCGAGAUACUCAGCUCGUCAACAACAGUCCACAGGACUUGGAAGCUGCAAUGAGCAGGGGCUUUCUUCCCAUGAUGCAGCCAUUCUCCAAGAACCUUCUGGGAGUACUGGACACCACUGGCGGUAUUACUUUGGCUGAUAAAGCCUGUCGCUUUGCUUUGCACAAGGCAAAACGCCUUGGUGUGCGACUGAUUCUCGAUUCAACAGCUGGAAAGGUGGCUUCAUUGAUAAAAGGUCAAGAGUCCGAUAUCAUUGGUGUGCGCACCACAGAUGGAAAGUCACACAAAGCUGCCCUGACGAUCAUUGCCAGUGGCGGAUGGACUCCAACCUUGGUUCCUUCUCUCGAUGGGCUUGCGGAGACAACUGCAGGGUCUGUCGUCAUGUUGAGCGUCCCAGAAUAUCUUCGUGGAAGAUUCGCACCGGCACGCUUCCCAGCCUGGUCCUACAAGAUCGGUGACGGUGCAGAAGGCGGACUGUAUGGCUUCCCCGUGGACGAGAAUGGUGUACUGAAAAUUGGGUACCGCGGCACUAAGUACACAAACCCGAGAUUGCAACUAGAUGGCCUAGAGCGCAGUGUGCCAGUUACUCGGUGGACCGAAGACGAAACGAUUCGUCAAAUCCCUACCCAGGCACUCGAGGUCAUACGAAGAUUCAUCAACGAAUUUCUUCCAGAGCUAUCAGGCAUUGACGUUCUAGCAACACGUUUGUGUUGGUAUACUGACUCAUUUGAUAACCAUUUCGUCAUCGAUCGAGUGCCCCAGAAGAAGGGCCUGAUGGUUGCCACAGCUGGAAGCGGCCAUGCCUUCAAGUAUCUGCCCACAAUUGGCAACUGGGUGGUGGAUAUUAUUGAAGGAAUCAUCAUGUAUGAUCCAGGCGUCGGCAGUUCGGAUAUUUAUGUGUACAGGUUCACCGGUGGCCUUCUUGGGACUGGACUUGCUCAGAAUAUCAGAGAAGUAUACAACUUCAUCUGCGCCAACUAUGUUGACGGAGACGAUAUAAUCCUUAUCGGCUUCUCUCGGGUCGGCUUACUGACGCCAUUGGGGCUGGACCGCUUCUACGCGGUGUUCGAAGAUUAUGAGAGCAUGACUGACGUGAAUCGCAAUCUCACCCUCUUUCUGGAUCCCCAGGUUCUGCCAUAUGACGGCGAGAAAGGAAACGCCAAGCGGGAGUGGGAAAAGAAGCGAAAGCUGCAGUAUGAGGAGUGGCUUAAAAGGAUAGGUGUGCUCCAAAGUAGUGCAAUCGAGAUGGUGGCUUACACCAACAGAAUGGCUACACUAGACACAAAUACCAAGAUGAUCUCGGACCACGUAGAGAAUGCAUUCCAUGCCCUUGCUCUUGAUGAAGAUCUCAAACAGAUGUGGUUUCCCGGAAGUCAUAGCACUGUUGGAGGUGGAUGGCAUGAGCAGCAAAUCGCCAACAUAUCUCUCGCCUGGAUGUGUGACCAGUUAUCGAGCGUCGGAAUUGAGUUUAACCCAGGCCGCAUGGAGGACAUCUUCAACCAAGAUCUGCGGUACUCUGCAGGUCAUCGGUUCUCUUACGUAACCCAAGGCUCAUGGGUAUCAUGGCUGUCGGCGAAGAAGCUCCUCCAAUGGGCUCAGCCCGAGAUCUGUGCGGCGAAGAUCUGCAGUGUGAAGCGCGAUGCGGCUGAAUGUAAUGGCAAGGAUUCUCACCCGGCCGGCAGCGAGGAAGAUCUCUGGAAGCUUGCCCGACCUUGGGGACUAGGCCUAAUGCGAGACCCUGGCGGCCGCCUACAGACCAUUGGCGGGACCACAGUCCGACAUCCUGGAAUCUUCAUGCGUACUGACCCAGAUACGAACCAAGACGGCGACGAGGCUCUGCUGAACACCAACGAAAGAAUCCACAGCAGCGUUCGCGUCAGGUUAGCCUGCCAAGGGCUUGCUCUUGACGAUGCAGAGAUCUGGGACUGCAAGCCCCUUACCCGGGCGGCGGACGGCAGUGCGCUCUGGAAGCUAGAGCGCGGGUCUGGUUUGACCGCCUCCGAACUAAACCAGACCAACAAAAGCUUCAGACCCAGGGAGUUGGAUCUUGGUACGGGCGAGUUCGACGGAAAACUCUAUCCGGGUGGGGACAGGGACGGGCAAUGGCGGUGGGUGCUUGUUGAUAAGCGCCGUGGGGCUGUGUCUCUGGAAAAGGUCUUACCUGAGGAGCCUGUGACGGGAUACUGGGAACGGUAUCUCCUUGCUUUGACAGCGGGAAAACCCGAUGUGUGUAGAUGGGCUGAAGAAAACCCUCCCUUGGACGUCGCGGGAUCUAAGGCUUGA